GAGGCUGGCGCGUUCGACGCGCACGUGGCGAGCAUCGUGGUGGCCGCCGUGGAAGUGGUGGCUGCCGUGGUGUCCAUGGGCUUGGUGGACCGGCUGGGCCGGCGCGUGCUUUUGAUGAUAUCCGCUGUCAGCAUGGCAAUCUGCACGGGCACCAUGGGUUUCUACUUCUACUUCAAGGACUUCAAGGGCGAAGAUUUGUCCAGCAUCUCGGGGAUUCCUGUCCUCGUUGUGUCCGUGUACAUGUUCACGUUCUCCAUCGGCUUCGGCCCCGUCAUCUGGGUGAUCCUGGGCGAGAUCUUCCCGGACAGUGUGAAGGGCACUGCGUCGGGCGUGGCGGCCGGUGUGGGCUGGUUCUUUUCAUUCGUCGUGACCAAGUUCUACCCGACCUUUUCGGAAUCGUUGGGCGAGUACACGUGCUACUGGACCUUCUUCGCGCUCUGCAUCCUGUCCUGUUUUUACAUAGGCAUUUUCUUGCCCGAGACCAAGGGAAAGACCUUGGACGAAAUACAGGCUGACAUGUGACGACGAAUCUUACCUAUUUGUAAAGAAAUUUGUAAAAUAUAUUUUUUUAAAUAUUUGUAAAAAAAGGGUUGUCAAGAUUAU